GACGAUGGGCAGGGUAAGAGCUGCGUUGCUGGGGGUGCCGCGGCGGGUGCUGGGGCCGGGCUGCCCGAUUUGCGGUGCUGAAGGGCCGGUAUCUCGCUCCGCCGGCGGUGCUGAGAGAAUUCUUCGGCUUUCGGCGGUGCCGCAGGUGCCUGGAGCGAGCAGGCGGUGGAUCACUUUCUGAGGUCGCAGCGCAUCGAAGCCAGAGAUGCUGCCGCCGUCCGCUGGUUCCACGCCGCCAACAGCAAGGCCCGAGCCAGGGUGGCCGCGAGAAGUGAUGUUCACAUGAUAGAAGCAGAUGUUGUUCUUCGUGGUGGCCAGGGAGGAAAUGGAGACCCUAUCAUGGCUCAUCCACCUGAAACAGACAGUGACAACACGUUGCGGGAAUGGCUGAAAGAGAUUGUCAACACGGAUAAAGGCAUCAAGCUGGAUUUUAAGAGCCUAGAUGCCCUACGGCCUUCCUUGGAACUUCUUGAACAUGUGAAGCACCACUUGAGGCGACCCAUUUGGAUCAAUGCAGACAUCCUACCAGGACCUAAUGGCAGUAGCUCUGUAGUGGAUGCAACAGGAUUCCUUGGCACUGUCACCUCAUUUUUCCCAAAUGUGACCUUAUCACUAGGGUGGACAACUGGCUGGCACCCUGACAAGUGCAAUAAAGGCUAUGACUGGGUGAUGGUGAAGGAAAUGGCUCAGAUAUGCAACACGCUUCCCCAGCCUGUAACUUUCGCUGUAAGAGCAGCACUGGUACGACAGUCAGUAUCUGAGCUGCGCUGGUUAAUCCAGCAGUCAGAUAGGUACAGUCUCACCGUUUGGACAGGAAAGGAAGAUGUGUACUCUGUAGAAGAUUUGCUUUACAUCCGAGAAAACUUUGAUAAAAGUAAGGUUUAUUACGACAUUUUAGAGCCACAAAAUUCUGAAUUCAGAAAAGCCAUAGUAGCAUAGUAAAUAGGGAAGCAGGCAACGAAUGACCUUAUAAUACUUAGUCUCUUUAAACAUGAAGAUUUCUUGGUCAAAGAAAUGUAUUUUCCUUACUAGAAGAACUGUAUAGAACACAGUUGUGGACAUUGGAGGAGGUUUUGCAUAACAUGCAACUGAAAGGCUUCUCAAAUAGAAAUUUAGUGCCUUCUUAAUAAUUCCUUACUCAUCGUCUUCAUGCCCCUUCUUAUUUAUCCAGUGGCGUGUAGCAAAGGCUACUCAUGUUACCUGAAUAUUCUAGCACUUCUUCCGUAGAAGCAUAUAAAGGGGAGAAUGGCCCCAGCUUGUACUUGUGGACCAAGGUGAUUUGCUGCUAACUGCUUUCAUGUAAGCCAACAUCUUUGUGACCCUCAGUCUUUACUAAAGCCUGUUUAUGCUUUUUAUGGGGGAGGGCAAGAAUUAGGACUGUGUUAAUUACAGAGCUAUGCUGUUCCCAAAGGGGUUAUUUUGUAGCUCAUCAUGAUACACUCCAUUUUUAAUGCUGUUGCAGUUUAUUAAUGUUCUCACUCCUGUGUUUGCAGUGAAGUAGCAUGUUAGUACCUUUUUCUAGCUACAAUUACUUCUGACAUGUCUGCUGCAAAUUACUGUAAUUAUUGUAUGGUGACCCUCAGGAAAUACUCACUGCACACAUCAGUUACUCCAGAUGAGGUGUUGAGGUCUGUGUUCAGGAGCAGUAACCCUGGCAAAUGGGUGCAAUAAGCAGCUGGGAGUAGUGUCUCAGACUGCCACAGCAGAGCGUACUCAUUAAAACCCCAAAUAAAGCAGCAUUAUUUUUUAUUGUGCUUCCAGUAUAAUUCAAAGUAUCAUACCCUAUCAUCUUCUGAAUUUUGAACAUUUGAUUUUUUGGGGCAGUUUUAUGUUUGUUUUUUAUAUCCUUAUGGCUUGGCUCCCUUGAAAUUUUCAGUGGUCCU